AGCCAGCUGGAGGAAUGAACCACAAACAGAAAAUUUCACUUUAGCCCCCACAUCAUUAUAGUCCUAACCCCCUUAGCCUCCGGCGUCUCGAGAAACGUCUUCACCCCCACCCCCUCGGUCCCGCGCUCCAGCUCCGGCUCCUCCCAGCCCCUCCCCCCGCUGCGGGUGGGACCAAUCACUCCCUGUGCGGCUCAGAACCCGCCUCCUGCACCUCCACAGCCUCCUCUGCAGCGGGCGGCGAGCGCGCGGGGAACCUGAGGGGCUCGAGCCUUGGACCAGUUAGUUCGAAGGUCGGAGGCUGAGAAGCCGGCGCUCGCACCCAGGUGCAGACCGGCCGGCGGCUGAGAGGGCUUUUGUCUCGCGCCCUCUGCCCAGCUCCCAGAGUAAACGGCGCUCGGAGCGGCCAUGACCGCCGAGGAGAUGAAGGCGGCCGAAAGUGGGGUGCAGCCGGCGCCCCUCGGAAUCGAGGGAGUGGACAUCAGUCCCAAGCAGGAUGAAGGCGUGCUGAAGGUCAUCAAGCGAGAGGGCACAGGCACAGAGAUGCCCAUGACUGGGGACCGAGUCCUAGUUCACUACACUGGCUGGUUGUUAGAUGGCACCAAGUUUGACUCCAGUCUGGACCGAAAAGACAAAUUCUCCUUUGAUCUGGGAAAAGGGGAGGUCAUCAAGGCUUGGGACAUUGCUGUAGCAACCAUGAAGGUGGGAGAAAUAUGCCGCAUCACUUGCAAGCCAGAAUAUGCCUACGGUUUGGCAGGCAGCCCUCCAAAAAUCCCUUCCAAUGCCACUCUUGUGUUUGAGGUAGAGUUGUGCGAGUUCAAGGGGGAGGACCUAACAGAGGAAGAAGAUGGAGGAAUCAUCCGGAGAAUACGGACUCGGGGCGAAGGCUAUGCCAGGCCCAAUGAGGGUGCUGUGGUGGAAGUCGCACUGGAAGGGCACUACAAGGACCAGAUAUUCGACCAGCGGGAGCUCCGCUUUGAGAUCGGCGAGGGGGAGAGUCUGGAUCUGCCUAGUGGGCUGGAGAAAGCCAUUCAGCACAUGGAAAAAGGAGAACAUUCCAUUGUGUACCUCAAGCCCAGCUAUGCUUUUGGCAGUAUUGGGAAGGAAAAGUUCCAAAUCCCACCAAACGCUGACCUGAAAUAUGAAAUCCACCUCCAGAGUUUUGAGAAGGCCAAGGAGUCUUGGGAGAUGAAUUCGGAGGAGAAGCUGGAGCAGAGCUCCAUAGUGAAAGAGCAGGGCACUGUGUACUUCAAGGAAGGCAAGUACAAGCAGGCUUUACUGCAGUACAAGAAGAUUGUGUCCUGGUUGGAAUAUGAGUCAAGUUUCUCUGAUGAGGACGCACAGAAGGCAUGGGCCCUUCGGCUAGCUUCCCAUCUUAACUUGGCCAUGUGUCAUCUGAAGCUUCAGGCCUUCUCAGCUGCCAUUGAGAGCUGUAACAAGGCCCUAGAGCUGGACAGCAACAAUGAGAAGGGCCUUUUCCGCCGGGGAGAGGCCCACCUGGCAGUGAAUGACUUUGACUUGGCACGGGCUGACUUCCAGAAGGUCCUGCAGCUCUACCCCAGCAACAAAGCUGCCAAGGCCCAGCUGGCUGUCUGCCAGCAGCGAAUCCGAAAGCAGCUUGCACGGGAGAAGAAGCUCUAUGCCAAUAUGUUUGAGAGGCUGGCUGAGGAGGAGAGCAAGGCCAAGGCAGCAGGGGACCAUGCUGAUGCAGAGAUGAAGGAUGAGCAGAAGGAUGUGGCAGGGAGCCAGUCUCAAGUGGAAACAGAAGCAUAGCCUCCCUCCAGCCCUGUUCCUGCAGCUGCCUGCUUCCCCUGCUCCUUAUUCUGCUCCACCCUGUUCGUUUUGUAAAAAACUGAAGAAUUUUCAGUGAAUUAGACCUUUAUUUUUC